AUGUCGCAGCUGCGAUACAGCUUUAACAAUGUUUCACAUCUUGGAAAAUUGUCCGAGCUUAGAUUCAUCAAGGACCUCAUAUCUGCUGUUAGGAUAUCGACAAGCCCUACGACCUGGAAAUCAGAAACACCUACUCCAAUUUUUGAAAAAACACAAUUACUACAGACAUAUUUAAACAAUAUCAUCCUCAUAAACGAAUUCACAACCGUAUUGUCCACUCUCUUGUGUGUCCUCGUAGUGGCAUGUGCUACAUCCGGGACGGCUAUCUACAGAAUGUGUGUACCAGAUCCUCCAGAGGCUGGCGAAGCAUCCAGAUCAAAGACAAGAAGAAGAAAGGGAGAUGCUACGUGAGAUUCUGGAAGUGGAAGGAAGGCUUCUGCCGAUCUACACACAAUGGUUUGUCCUUUCAGUUUCGGCCCCGUCUAAGAAAAAAAAUCCGAGAGAAACUAGAAGAUAAUAAAAAAUAUUUUUUCGUGUUAAAAAUAGUUUAGUUUUUUUUAAAUUGUUUGUUUUCAAAACAAUACGACCGCAGUAUUUACUUAAAUUUUAUAUCGGACCUCCAUAUCGCUUGUUUUGUAUUCAAAGACAAAAUACUUUGG